UGCGCCCCCCGGGGCGAACCCGGGCCCAGCCGGAACCGGGUUCCGGGGCGGGGGGCUCGGCGCGGAGGCCGGAGGCUGGCGGCGACGCGGCCGGCCACGGCUUCUGUUACUGCCCCAGCAGCCGCAAGCGUAAGCGGAGCAGCGGGGCCCUCUGCUACUGUCACCCCGAAUCCGAGACCGAUGAGGAGGAGGAGGAAGGGGACGAGCAGCAGCGGCUCCUCAACACCCCGCGAAGGAAGAAACUAAAGAGUACAUCUAAAUAUAUUUAUCAAACAUUAUUUUUGAAUGGUGAAAAUAGUGACAUUAAAAUUUGUGCUCUGGGAGAAGAGUGGAGCUUACACAAAAUAUAUUUAUGUCAAUCUGGCUACUUUUCUAGUAUGUUCAGUGGUUCUUGGAAAGAAUCCAGCAUGAAUAUUAUUGAACUGGAGAUUCCUGACCAGAAUAUUGAUAUAGAAGCACUGCAGGUUGCGUUUGGUUCACUGUAUCGAGAUGAUGUCUUAAUAAAACCCAGUCGAGUUAUUGCCAUUUUGGCAGCAGCUUGUAUGCUACAGUUGGAUGGUUUAAUACAGCAGUGUGGUGAGACAAUGAAGGAAACAAUUAAUGUGAAAACUGUAUGUGGCUAUUACACAUCAGCAGGGACCUAUGGAUUAGAUUCUGUAAAGAAAAAGUGUCUCGAAUGGCUUCUAAACAAUUUGAUGACUCAUCAGAAUGUUGAACUUUUUAAAGAACUGAGUAUAAAUGUCAUGAAACUGCUUAUUGGUUCAUCUAACUUAUUUGUGAUGCAAGUGGAGAUGGAUGUAUACACAGCUCUUAAAAAGUGGAUGUUCCUCCAACUUGUGCCUUCUUGGAAUGGAUCUUUAAAACAGCUUUUGACUGAAACAGAUGUCUGGUUUUCUAAGAGGAAAAAAGAUUUUGAAGGUAUGACUUUCCUUGAAACUGAGCAAGGAAAACCAUUUGUGUCAGUAUUCAGACAUUUAAGGUUACAGUAUAUUAUCAGUGAUUUGGCCUCUGCACGAAUUAUUGAACAAGAUUCUCUAAUACCAUCAGGAUGGCUGUCUUCUGUGUAUAAACAGCAGUGGCUUGCUAUGCUUCGGGCAGAACAAGACAGUGAGGUGGGGCCUCAAGAAAUCAAUAAAGAAGAACUAGAGGGAAACAGCAUGAGGUGUGGUAGAAAGCUUGCCAAAGAUGGUGAAUACUGCUGGCGGUGGACAGGUUUUAACUUCGGCUUUGACCUGCUUGUAACUUACACCAAUCGAUUCAUCAUUUUCAAACGCAAUACACUGAAUCAGCCCUGUAGUGGAUCUGUCAGUUUACAACCUCGAAGGAGCGUAGCAUUUAGAUUACGUUUGGCCUCUUUUGAUAGUAGUGGAAAACUAAUAUGUAGUAGAACAACUGGCUAUCAAAUACUUACACUUGAAAAGGAUCAGGAACAAGUAGUGAUGAACUUGGACAGCAGGCUUCUGAUCUUCCCUUUAUAUAUCUGCUGUAACUUCCUGUAUAUAUCACCAGAAAAAAGAACUGAAAGUAAUCAUCAUCCAGAAAAUACAGAAAAUUGAGGACCUUUUCAGCUGGAAACAGUAGCACUUUGAAAACUUUUUCGGCCAGCUUUAAUUUAAUGGCCCUAUGUUGUUCACAUCUAAGGUGACUAACAAUAACAAAGGCCUUAUGAACUGUACAGAUAAAACAGAAGACUAUUCUCAUUCUCGUUACAUUUCUAUGACUAUAUUAAAACAUUUUAAAGACAAGAAUAUAUCUGUCAACCCAUUUCUGUUAUAAAGAUGUCAGCUCAUGCUUUUAGCAUCAGUAGAAAAUCAUUAGGUAAAUUUCACAUUUCUCUGCAACCAAAUAUAGAUUUAAUUUUUAGCUUAAACUUUGAUCUUACUUAAUGUUAAUGUACCUCAGUUAUCCAUCUGUAAAUUUUGUCUAUAAGAAUGCUAAAGGAAUAAUUUGAAAGGCUAACUGUAAAUUCUCUUUCAAUUGACACAUUUAAGGCUGUUCUUUAAUUUUUUCAAAUGCUCUUUAUGAUUCCUCCUAUUAUCCUUCCAAUAUGUAGUUGUUUUUAAUCAUUAAAUACUUUUUUUCAUGGCUUUGGAGACUAAAUUGAAGAAACUUUUUGUUUACCUUAAACAUUUUUUAUGCUAUUUUAUUUUGCUUUUAAUUUAGUUUUUCUAGGGUUUCAACAACAAAAGAAUCAGCUUCAGACUUGCAAAUGACUGGAAUGGGGGAGAAAAAUCAGUGUGAUUCUGAGUAUAUUCUUUUGCCUUACGUGGUCUUUUUUCUUUUUUUUACAUUUUUGUACAAGUUUAUUAUUAGCUCAUAAGAUUAUUUAUGUUCCAAAUAUUACACUCUAAAUAUUUUCAUAUUCUCUACUCUUAAGAAUUAUUUAUGUUCAAAUUUUAGUUGGGAAUCCUGUUUCCUACUUACUCAGGACUUUAUAACCUCUGAAUUGAGUGCCUUUGAGUUACACAUGCUAAUAGUUUCCUAGUAAAUAUAAAUAAGGUUGGAGGAUGUCAUAUAGAAACUGGUAAUAAAGCAUUAAUGUAAAAAUAGAUCUUAUUUUUGUCAAAAAUGAGAUGUACACUUGUCAUGAUUUAUAUAUGUUGGUUUCUUGUAUUCACUGCUGUUUUGAAAAUAGCCAUGCUCAUCGUCUUUCCAGAGUGAAUUCUUUUUGUGGUUAAUGUAUAUUUUUAGUAUGUUUAAAAAAUGGGAAUCACUUUUAUGUAUCUGUACAAAUGAUAAAUACCCAUUUGGAAAAUGAAUAAAUAAGUUCUUAUAUGAAAUGGACAAAAAAGCCUUAAUUGAAACCAGAAUUUUUUAAAGGUAGAUAUUUUCCAAUUAGAUUUAACUUUUGGAAUUUAUGGAUAGUUUUUCUUCCUCAGUAAUAUGUCCAUAGAUUUAUAAAUUGCUUUUGGCUUUCCAGAAUUCAUCCUCCAGGUUAAUUUAAAGGAGGCUUUAAAUGCCUCCCCUUCCUCUGCCCCCAGAACUGCAGUUUAAAUGUUUCUAAUACAAUAAUUUGGCUGCAUCAAGAGGCUACAUUUCUUAUUCUUAUAUUUGCUAUAAUUAUAUUUCAUAAGGUGCUUUUGGAUUUUUUUCAAUAUUAUAACAUCAGAGCUUCUUUACCCUUUAUAUUUUAAAAAAUGUAAAUACCAAUCUUGAAGUUUUUUAAUAAUUGAAUUUUUACAAAUCUUGGGAGUAAAGAUAAUUAAGGUUUUGAGGAUCUUAGUAGAAUUGGCUGUUUUGUUUCACUUAUAUAAAUCAAAUUGAAAUUA